AUGGGUGUCUGCACCUCAAAACCCUCCCCAAACUCUCCUCUCUCCUCUCCCGUCGCCAUCCAAGCUAAGGACAACUGUAUCGCUACCAAUGAUGCGGCUAAACCGGAUCCAAGCACCGGAAAUGUUGACGAUCAGAGCAACAAGGCCGAGCUAGAAUCCGUUAAAAAGUCGCCGUUAUUUCCUUUUUACAGUCCGAGCCCCGCUCACUACUUCUUUUCUAAAAAGUCGUCGCCGGCGAGAUCUCCGGCGAGAAAUGCGGCUAGUGCGAACUCGACGCCGAAGAGGUUUUUUAAACGGCCGUUCCCGCCGCCGUCUCCGGCGAAGCAUAUACGAGCAGCGCUUGCGAGGCGGCAUGGAUCGGUGAAGCCGAACGAGGCGGCGAUACCGGAGGGAAGCGAGGCGGAGGCGGCAGGUUUAGAUAAGAGAUUUGGAUUCUCUAAGCAUUUUGGAAAUAAGUAUGAGCUUGGAGAUGAAGUAGGGCGAGGGCAUUUUGGAUAUACUUGUCAAGCUAAGUUUAAAAAAGGUGAACGACAACAAGUUGCUGUUAAAGUAAUCCCUAAAGCAAAGAUGACUACAGCAAUUGCCAUUGAGGAUGUGAGAAGGGAGGUGAAAAUAUUGAGAGCAUUGACCGGACACAACAAUUUAGUACAGUUUUAUGAUGCCUAUGAAGAUCAUGAUAAUGUCUAUAUAGUAAUGGAGUUAUGUGAAGGAGGAGAGCUCCUGGAUAAAAUUCUUGCAAGGGGUGGAAAAUAUACAGAAGACGAUGCAAAGGCUGUUAUGAUACAGAUAUUAAAUGUUGUUGCAUUUUGCCAUCUUCAGGGCGUGGUUCACCGGGAUCUUAAACCUGAGAAUUUCUUGUUCACAUCAAAGGAUGAAAACUCUCAAUUGAAGGCCAUAGAUUUUGGUUUGUCAGAUUUUGUAAAGCCAGAUGAAAGGUUGAAUGACAUUGUUGGUAGUGCAUACUAUGUAGCACCUGAAGUUCUACAUAGAUCUUAUGGUACAGAGGCUGAUGUCUGGAGUAUUGGUGUGAUUGCAUAUAUUUUGUUGUGCGGAAGCCGUCCAUUUUGGGCCAGGACCGAAUCUGGGAUCUUUCGUGCUGUUCUGAAAGCUGAUCCAAGUUUCGAUGAGACACCUUGGCCUUCUCUUUCUCCCGAGGCAAAAGACUUUGUCCGGCGCCUAUUGAAUAAAGACCCGCGAAAAAGAUUGACUGCUUCCCAAGCACUAAGCCAUCCUUGGAUUAAAAAUUCUAAUGAUGUUAAAGUGCCUCUGGAUAUAUUGAUACUCAAACUCUUGAAAGCUUACUUGCGCUCAUCAUCUCUUCGAAAAGCUGCUUUAAGGGCUCUAUCUAAAACGUUGACUGUGGAUGAGCUAUUUUAUUUGAAGGAGCAGUUUGUGCUCUUAGAACCAAGCAAAAGUGGCACUAUUAGCUUAGAAAAUAUCAAAGCGGCCUUGAUGAAAAAUGCUACAGAUGCCAUGAAGUCAUCACGGAUUCCUGAUUUUCUAGCAUCUCUCAAUGCACUUCAAUACAGAAGGAUGGAUUUCGAGGAAUUUUGCGCAGCUGCAUUAAGCAUCCAUCAGCUAGAGGCCCUUGAUAGAUGGGAGCAACAUGCCCGUUGUGCCUAUGAACUGUUUGAGAAGGAUGGGAACAGGGCCAUUAUCAUUGAGGAGCUGGCAUCGGAACUUGGCCUUGGCCCCUCUGUUCCUGUUCAUUCUGUUCUGCAUGAUUGGAUUCGGCACACUGAUGGAAAGUUGAGUUUCCUUGGAUUUGUCAAAUUGUUGCAUGGCGCAUCUAGCAGGACUCUUGGAAAAGCUCAAUAA